CGCUAGUAUUUCAGCGCGGACACUUGGAUGAGCCCACAGGCUGUUCUGUGACAAUUGAUUGACCGAUUUAGGGAAGAUGGACUGUGAUAUACCACGGUCAUACAAUUAGUCUGUUGAAUUAUUGUUCUCUAAGCUCCUUGUAUGCCUGAUCCCAGUCUACCGUUGCGGACUCCUUGUAAUCUAAAGGUCUGUUCCAUUUAAAGAAUAAGGGGCCCAGUACUUUUUUUUUCAACAUGCAAUGGAUGUGCACAUGACCAGCUCUCUCUUUUUAAUUGAUGUUCUAAUUAAUUAAGCAAUUAAAUCCACUUCAGCUUUUUCUAUUAGGGACCAUGGCAGCGGUAACAAGUCCGGAAACGACACCUCAACCACGGGUUUAUUUUCAAACACCUCCCGGUACCGAAGAAGAAGUGCCUCAGAAACAAGGACGAGUGACCGUAAAAUAUGACAGAAAAGAGCUGAGGAGGCGACUGAAUUUGGAGGAGUGGAUAGUUAGCCAGUUAAUGAAUCUCUACGACUGCGAGGAGGAUGAGGUGCCUGAGCUGGAAAUAGAUGUGGAUGAGCUGCUGGAUCUUCCCAGUGAUGUCGAGAGAACCAUUCGAGUGAAGAUGCUGCUGGUCGACUGUUAUAAGCCUAAUGAUGAUUUCAUAGCGGCGUUGCUGGAGAAGGUCCGAGGGAUGCAGAAACUCAACACCCCCCAGAAGAAAGGGGAGCUGACGCCAUGAGGUCACCACAGCUCCUCCCACCACCUCACAACCAACCUGUCACUCCAAACCCAGAGGAGAGAUGCAGGCAUGCAGACCCAACUACUAAACCACAGCGUCUGUCAAAUGGACAUCAAUGACACGAGUCCAGCCAAGGCAAUCUCAACUGCAGGUUGAUCACUCCAAACUGUUUUUACUUCGUCUUAGUACUGUUUCAGCAUAUAUUACAUGUAGAGAGUGUGGUAGUGUCCCUUUAGCUUAAAACUCCUGUGGUGAUUUAGGGAAAGGAAUCAAAUGGUUGAUGUUAUGGUUACAAUGUUCAUUAAUACACUUC